AAGUGAAAACAUCACAAGUGGGGUUUUUGUUGUGCAGUCAUAUAUCUUGAUUAAUCCAAGAAAAGAAUGGAUGUUGAAAUGGAAGAUUUGAAAACUGGGACGGUGGUAGUGGAGAAAGUAAUGGGAAAGUCAACGGCAACAAGAUGCUUUUCCAAGUAUCCUCUCAAGUUCAUUCUCCCCAGAAAGGUCGGUUCCUCUCAAACUGAUGCUGUAUGGAUUUAUGCUCUCACUUAUGGUGGAGGAAUUGUCUCUGGAGACUCUAUCUCAUGUGAAUUCACUAUUGGAGAUGGCUGUACAGCAGUUUUGACCACCCAAGCUUCCACAAAAGUAUACAAAUGUGUGGGGUCAAGGUGCUCUGUUCAGAUAUAUGAGGCAAGAAUUGGAAUUGAUGCCCUUUUGGUUGUCAUUCCAGAUCCAGUGACUUGUUUUUCCACCGCAAAAUACUCCCAGAAGCAAGUCUUCAGAAUAAUGUCGAACUCAAGCUUGCUUAUUGUUGACUGGAUUACUAGUGGACGUCAUGAAAGUGGAGAGAAAUGGGAUUUCACACAUUAUAAAAGCACUAACCACAUAUAUUUGGAAGGAGAUGAGCCUUUGUUUCUUGACACGGUUCUUUUAGAGCAAGGAAGCACUGUUACUAUUGCUGAACGCGUACAAGACUACCAAGUACUCGCGAUGGUCAUAAUCCUGGGGCCCAAGUUGAAGCAUGUUCAAACCAAAGUUCAAGAAGAUGUCAAGAAUAUGAUGUCUGAGCAACUUCAAUUACCCGCUACUAGCUUACGGAGAUACUCAGCUCCCAGUACAAGCCACUCUUUAAUCAAACCAAGCUUCCUAGCUUCGUGCAGUCCCUUUGGUCCUCAGGGAAGCGGUGUUGUCAUUAGAAUAGCUGCCAUGACGACAGAAUCAGUUUACAGGUUCUUGCAACAGCAAUUAGCUAGCUUGGAGCCACUGGUUGGAGUGUUACCAUAUUGUUAAGUAAAAACAAAAGUCCACUUCUGUAUGUGUUCUCUUCAUUUUUCUAAUAUAAAUCGCACAAUAAAAGUGCUGAAUAGAGGAUUUUCUUUGUAGUUCCAUUACUAUGUUCUCUGACUUGGCAAUGCGUAUGAUUAAGGUUUGAGUCGGCAAUUGUUUAUUUUUUUUUUGUAAAAUACCCGGAUAAUAUUGUUAUAGCUGUAUAAGUUUUUAUACUCAAAUCAAAGCCCUCAUCCCAAUAGUGCUUUUGGAUC